GGAUGAGGCAAAAUAUCAAAAGGAAAUAUUCAAACUCCGACGCACUCCACCGUCAGACAUGGUGGUUAUCACCUCCAUCACCACCACAACCAACACCAGUCUCACACAUAUCUACACCCUAACCUGCAACCCUUCAACAACCUCUCUUCGUUACUUCCGCCACCUCCCCAAAACAACGAACUCCACCAUUUCCAGAUCAUCCAAUGGAGUCCUGGUUAUUAAGUCUUACAUGGAAGACUCCAACACCAUCUCCGGCUUCGCCAACAAAGUCAUCGGCGCCUUGCCUGUAAUCGGCCUCGUCGCCAGAAUUCUAACUGACACCGGUGGCGUCGGCGGCGAUUUCAUUGAUUUCGCAGAGUUUCGGAGAAGAGUUGGGAGGAAUGCUUCCGUGAAUGAUUCUAGAGCUUUCAUCGAUUUCCAGGAUCGACGAGGAAAGGCAGGGGAUCCUCUAUACGUGUUGAUGUGCUGUUGGCUAGCUGCACUAGGUGCAGGAUUGCUAAAAUCUGAAGAAAUUCUCGAAGGAGUUAUGAGACUUCGGAUCUCGAACGACAUUGAAUUCGAAGAAGAAACUUUCAUCGCGAUGAUGAAUGAAGCAAGAGAGAGAAGAUUGAAGUCAAAAGUACCUGCAUCAACGAUUCCAAUGGAGGCGAGAGCUGAGAAGGCGUUGGAUGCGAUAUACGUGUGUUGUUUUGGAAGAGAUGUGAUUGAUGAAGAAGAUGAAAGGCAAUUGCGUAUAAUGUUGAAAGUAGUUUUUCCUUCUGUCGGACAAAAUGAGAUCGAUAGGAUUGUGAAGGCGAAGGCUAAAAAAGUAGCGGAAGGAGGUGAAGAAGACAGGUUCCCGGAGCCGAAGCCGUUGUCUAAAGAAGCUGUGCAGCUGCAAAUGAAAGAUCUUCAGUUUCUCCAACAAAAUAACGAUAACGAGUUUCUCAAUGUUCUUUGUGAAGAAGAUGAUGACGCAAAUGAUGGUGUUGAACCUCAAAACAAUGGAAAAGAAUCAGACAAGGACUAUGUGGAAGGUAGUAAUGUUCUUUGUGAAGAAGAUGAUGACGCAAAUGAUGGUGUUGAACCUCAAAACAAUGGAAAAGAAUCAGACAAGGACUAUGUGGAAGGUAGUAAUGUUCUUUGUGAAGAAGAUGAUGACGCAAAUGAUGGUGUUGAACCUCAAAACAAUGGAAAAGAAUCAGACAAGGACUAUGUGGAAGGUAGUGAUUAUGAAGAUAGUGAAGAUGAUUUUGAGUGUUCCACCCACAACCUAAAGGUGAAAUGGAACUUAAUGAAACCAAUGUGUUGUGAAAUCAACAAGUUUGCAUACAACUGGUUUUGUUUGAGGAGGAUCGAUCCAAUGAAAGUACUUGCAGUCUUUGAGUUCAUCCUGCACCUGCUUUUCAAACGAUUUGGCCUUUGGCUUGCUACAGAAGACGAAGACGAAAUCAAUGCUCCUGGUGCUGGUGCAAUUUUAGGUCAAGAAUGA